GCGCAUUCAGCUGAUGAGACAGGAAGUCAAUAUAACAGUGUUGGUUCCACUUUGCGUCUGAUCAUUCAGUCAUGGUGACUCAUCUGUACCUAGGUGUGAUAAUCGUGGCUGCUUUUGCAGCCACUGUCGCUAAUGCAGAUGUCAAAGUAGUCUGUGAAAAGGACUCUGUAAAAAUCACAUGGAGGAUCGGUGCAGAGCUGGUGCCGAACGCCAUUCGUUUCUUCCUGGGGAGCUGCAUGCCUUCUAAGCUCAAUGUUCUGCCCACUGGGGAGGGGGACGUUCACUUCAACUAUAAGUUGGCUGACUGCAAGUUUAAGAAACUGAUGAAAGGAAAACGCCUCAUUUAUAAAAAUGAACUGACUUACAGGCCACAGGCGAAGAAAUAUCCUCCAUCUUUGAUAUAUCCCAUCGAAUGUGUUUAUAAAAGACCUAAGUCGUGGGUUCCCGCAUUCCUGCAGCCUGGAUCAGGUUUUUCUGAAGGUCAAGGCGAGCUCGUCGUCCACAUGUCGCUCCUCAAUGAGCAAUUAACAGGUGUAGCCAAGACAAACGUCAUCCCUCUGGGCUCUUUCAUGCCAAUAUGGGCAGCAGUGGAGCAGAAGUCCCAUCAACCUCUGCUGCUGCUAAUGGAGGAGUGUGUGGCAGCCACUACACCAGAGUUGCACCCUGGCAGCCAGGUUUACCCAAUCAUUGCCAACAAGGGGUGUCUCUUGGGGAGCGUGAGGGGAAACUCUGUGUUCCUCCCUCGAUACCACUCGUCUGCUCUCCUCCUCUACCUGCAGUCCUUCAAGUUUGGUCUUGGAGAGGAGGUGUACAUCCACUGUAAACUGGUUGUAUGGGACCCUGCAGAUCUGGAUGAGACCAAGAAGACGUGUCAUUAUGUAAAAGACAGUGAAAGCUGGGAGCUGCUCGAUGACCCGCUUCAGAGCUCCCUCUGUAGCUGCUGCGAUUCAACCUGCAAGUCCCGUUCCAAAAGAGGAGAAUCACACAGCCCGAGUCACAAUUCUGUGUUGGGACCCCUGAUCAUCGUGGAGCAAAACCCAUCGUCGGAAGACUUUGGUGUAAAGGAUUAAAACCAACUGUGUCCCACAUGUCUUGAUCCUGAAACUGAUGAACACUGGACAUGAGUAUUAACUAAGACUCUGGUUAUGCACAAAAUGGAGGCCAAGACCAGAUGACCUCCUUCCUGACAUGCAUGAGGUCAUCAGCUUUACAUGGGCCUGACUUAUGUUUUCAGAAUUGCUAAUAAUUACAGAAGUACUGUCCAAAAUCUUAUAGAUCAUCAUCUGAUGUCCAAUAAAACUGGUUUAAGCUCCUGA